GCCACUCAGCCGUCAGACGUAAACAACGUGUAGGAAGGACUGUCAGUAGCUGGGGCUCAACUGUCUGCCAGAAACGUUAUAUUACCAACCUUGUAAUUAGAAUUUUGUGAAGAAUAACCGGAGAAAAUGAGACGAGCACAGAAUGCUAAUGCUGGCCCAUAUACCUAUAAUAGCUAUGGAGGUAAUAAUGAAUCUCAGCGCCUCUCUGAAGAAAAUGAGGAGAUGACAUCGCAGCUCAAGCACAAGGUCAAGGCCCUAAAGUCGUUGACGAUCGACAUAGGAAAUGAAGUCAAGAAUCAAAACAGUAUGUUAAACGACAUGGACGAUGACUUUCACAAAUCGGGGAAUUUCUUGGAGCGCAGUAUGAAGCGUUUGGUGAUCAUGGGUAAAGGAUCACAUAAUUAUCAUCUAAUUUUUCUUUUCUGCUUCUGUUUCGUGGUGUUCCUCUUGCUUUGGGUGGCCCUGAAAUUUAGGUGAAGAAGCUAUGGUAGAGUUUUCCGUUCUCGAUUUUGUAAACUUUUAUAUAUACAGCAAAAUUUUAUAAUCUUAUGUAAUUGGUGUUGAAGAUUAAAUUUUUUUAAAUUUUUUAACUCCAUGUGAGGUUUUGUAAAUAGUUUAGUAUUUUUUAGUAUGAUAAAGUAGAGUUAUCCCAUCGUGUAUAUUAAGACUGUACCUUUUUUUUAUAGAUUUACUCAUGUUACAAAUGUGUCCAGAUUACAUAAAUACCCACCUCAGUCUUUAAUAAAAAUAUAAUAAUACUCUAAAGUUAUAGGCCCAUUAUAACCAGCAUUAGUAUUAUUAUACUUCUAAACUUGUAAUAGAAUAAUUAAAAAUGUUUACUCAUAUGGUCAUGUCAGCAAGGAGGUAAAUUUCAAGGUUUGGUGUGUCCAUUAGAUAUGACACCUCCAUAUAACAAACUACCUAUGUAUGGAGAGGGAAGUCCAUUAUAUCAAGGUUUCACUAUAGUAUAUGUUCCUAAAAAGGCUCUUUACUGUUUGUUUUUGUCAUCAUAAACAAUAUCACACAUAAUUAGAUUAAAGUUUCAAUAUUAUGAAUGUUAUUAAUGUUGAAGCUUUUGUUUGAUUAUAAUUUGUUUUCUUUAUUACUGUAAUGUUAAAGUAUUUAUUAAUAUCUGUUAGGAAAUGAACAACACUUGAUGAACAAUAGGUUUUGUUGUCAUUGUUUACUAGAGAUUCUGUACGUACUGUGUGAGGUGACUAAUGUGUUGCCUCUGUUCUCAUUUCUCCCCUAACAUAACAGAGAUUUAUUUUGUGAUAUUCUUAAAUAAAAUUAUCCUACAA